ACGAUGUGUUAGUUAAUCUGUUAAUUAAAUUAUGAAUAAACGUGAUCGUAUUCCUCGUACGUGUAAGUUUUUCAGGUCGAAAGGUCGAACAAAAAAAAUCUUAGGUAUUAGGCGGCGGAUGCACAAUGACUAAAGAUGACGACACGUUAGGAAAUUUUAUGGCGAUCGAGGCUACCAUCAUCUAACAAACCGACAACAACGACAACGACAACGAUAACGACAACGACGAGUCUUGCAUUCUUACGCUUUUAAUCUAGUUCUCUAAGCGGAUCGAAGUAAGUAACCGGCGCCACGCGUCAUAUCCCACCAAAACGGAUCUCUUGAGAAUUAUUGGUGCGAAUCAAUGGGGUUGCUCUUUAGUAAGAGAAAAAGGAGAUACAAACUUUCGCGCAGAAACGCUUUCCCUCGUCGAUAGAGGAAGGACGAUCGAUGUCAAGGCCGUUCGCUGACGAAUCUUUAACUGGGUGGAAGAAGUCAUCCAUUCGCGCUACGAAUAAGGCAAUCCCAAGGUGCUCACCUGAAUAAACUCUCUUCUUCAUGUAUAUACGUAUGUAUGUACGUAACUGACGUCUUACAUGGAUCCGACACCGGUCUACGUGACGGGAACAGUUGUAAGUACUUGGGAAAUCAUCAACGAGAGAGGUCAACGAUCAAAGUACUCGCACGUGCGCCCGGAAGAUGUAAAGAGCCGAUGAAGAGAGAGUGAGACAGACAGACAAAAAGAAAGAAAGAAAGAGAAAGAGAGAGAUAGAGAGAGAGAGAUCCUCUUCUACAGAAGAUUGCUAUUUUCAAUUGGCUGUUUAGCGGAUGAAAGAAGAGAAGAGGGACACUUGAGUGGACACAACAGCAACAGCAACAGCGGCAUCAGCAUCAGCAACAGCAGCAACAGCAGCAGCAGCAGCAGCAGCACAGGACUACUAUGUACAGUCGUGUAAGAGUGACGUCAUUUGAAGGGACUAUCAAUCCUAUUGGUAAUAUAGAACGUGCGCCAUGAGAGAGCAAGACAAAACUGAAGAAAAUACGAGGAAGAUCGUGAAAGAGAAAGGAGAAGAAGGAUUACUUUUCUUCGUGUUAUAAAACUGUGCAGUUCUUCUAUUUCCUUUCAUUCUUUCUUUCUCUCUCUCUCAUUCUUUUAUUUUUUUUUUUUUACUCUUUACUUUUUUCUUCCCGUCGUUACUUUUGGACAGCAGUGGUGCUUCUUGUUUUCUUUCCCUUUUUUUUUCCCUUUUCUUUUUUUUUACAUUUUUUUUUUCAUUUCUUUUCUCUACUUUUUUUUUUUUUUUUUUUUUCUUUUUUCUUUUUUCUUUUCUCUCUACACGGAGUUGUGCGGUUUGGUAAAAAGUACUCUGAAAGAACGUAUCGAGGAUGUAUCGAUGCUGCCGUUGCUGUUGUUGCCGUUGUUGUUGCUACUGUUCCUGUUACUACUAUUCCUGCCGUUGCUAUUACUUCGUGGAUACUACUACCAUUCAGACGACGUCGUUCGAAUGUGCAGGAUCGUUUGUAUCGGACGCAGGUGAAGCAUGAGGGAACUCCUCGUAUCCUGGACGUAAUGAUGCAGAGAGCGGUGCUACUGCUCUGUUGGCUGCCGCUCCUCAACCACUGCCACGCCGUAAAUCCAGGUUGCAAAUGUGUCAAGUAUAGCAGCGCGGAUAGACCACAGGGUGGUACUUUUAUGACGCCCUAUUUUCCAAGAAGAUAUCCAUCGAACAUCGAUUGCCUCCUCUACACUUUCACCGGUCAGCCAGACGAGAUAGUAGAGUUAACGUUUCAUCAUUUUAACAUACAUCGAGUUCGAUCCGAUUGUACGAGGGGUGACUUCGUCAAAGUAUUCCUUCAUUUGGAGAACGAAGGGGUAUCGGAAUAUACACCCUGGUCUGGAAUUUUGUGCGGGGAAUUACGUGAUAUCCCUCAAAUUUUGUACAGCUCAAGAUCAACCCUCAUACUCGAACUUCAUACCGAGUUACCCUCUCCAAAUGCGACGGGCUUUUCCGGAACUUUUCGCUUCAUCGACAGACGAUUAUUCGAGACGAGUGGAUUGCUAAUACCUGGAACGAUGUGCGACCACGAGUUUGUCAGUUCGCAAUUAACGCCUCAAUACGGACGAUUUUAUUCGCCACGUUAUCCCUCCUCUUAUCCGAAGAACAUUCGAUGCUCAUAUCUCUUUCGAGCAAGACUCAAGGAGAGGAUUCGUAUAGUGUUCGAAGAGAUUUCUCUACAGAAAGGGGAUCUUAGUUGUCUGAAUAGAGCAGAUUUAAUCAGAGUGCACGACGGAACGGAUUCAGGAACGCCCACAAUAGCCGUGCUUUGCAACCAAGGAGCAGAAGUGGAAGUACUCAGCACAGGGCCAGACCUUUACGUCGAGUUCGUCGCUAAUUCCGAGUGGCCUGGCCAAGGCUUCAAGGCGAUGUUCCAAUUUCAACCAUUGGACGAUCCACCCCAUCCUUCUGAGCUGGACAAGGUCGUCCCAGGGGCCGUUACUGGUAACCCCAGGUACUCGGUCAUCGGGCCGGCUGUCAGCGCAACCACAUCAUCCUGCGACGUGGUGUUCAACAGUGACUUGACAAAAACUGGAGUAGUUACAUCGCCAGGAUAUCCCAAUCCUUAUCCAUCAAGGACUCAUUGUAGGUACGAUUUUCAAGGAAGAGGAAAGGAACGUGUCCAAGUGAUAUUUCAAGACUUUAAUCUUUAUGAUACACCUGGCGACACGGACGAUUGCAAGAGAGUCGAUUCUUUGGCAGCAUACGUUCACAUAGAUGGGAAAAUGGAUAAAAUUGAUUCGUUUUGUGGGGAAUCAUUACCACGGCCAAUCAUGAGCAAUGGACCACGGCUUUUACUUGAAUUUGAUGGUGUAACGUCUUCACGUUAUUCAAGAGGCUUCAAAGCAACUUAUUCCUUUAAAGAAAACUUUGGUAUAACGACGGGUCGACAGGAGGCGAAGUAUCCGUGUGCCUUUGUCUUCAACAGUAACGAGACUCGCAACGGUACGUUUGCGUCGCCGAACUAUCCAGGAUUAUAUCCACGUGAUACCGAAUGUCACUACUUCUUCAAUGGCCAACCAAACGAGCGUGUGCACCUUCAUUUCCAUUUCUUCGACGUCGAAGGAGUAUUACCAUGUGAAGCUCUGACAGCGAGCGACUUCGUGGAGUUUUCGAAUUAUAUGGCGAAAGAUCGAAAAUAUUCGAGACAUUGUGGUCAGAUGAAGGAAUUCGAUGUUGACAGCGAUAGAAAGUUCUUUCGUGUGACCUUCAAAAGUAAUGAUCGAUUAGACGGCACAGGUUUUAAUGCCAGUUAUGUAUUUUUGGACGAGGAAGAGAAUUACACAGUGAAGGCACCGACGAACGGAGCUAUUCUCAUACGAUGUACCACGGUACUCCUGUUCCUUACAAGUUGUCUUCUCUUUGGCCAUACCUCGCCUUAAUCACGAUCGGCAACUACUUGUGGAAGGGUUUUGGCUCAAUUUACAACGAACUUUAAGAACAUGGAGGAGAGAUCGAGAGCCAUCUCGAAGUCAGUCAGAAUCCUAAACCGUUCUACUACAAAAUUACGAGCAUCAUCAUCAUCAACAACACCCAAUAAACCACUUCGCAAACCCUCAGGAGGAGUGUCUCCGUCGCAUCGAAGAAUGUGCCUGUUACUGCUCCGUUUGUUUGCAUCAAUGGAAUUGCCAAAGGGAUAGACAUCACCGACGAACGACGAAAUCUAUUAUCUUUCGAAAUAAGAUAAUUUCACUCUAGGAUAUCUUAUAUAUAUAUAUAUAUAUAUAUAUAUAUAUAUAUAUAUAUAUAUAUGCAUAUACAUACAUUUAUAUACAUACAUAUAAUUUGUAUGUAUGUGUUGUAUUUAUGCUAUGUUCAUAUAUAACCCUAUACAUUAUACAAUAAUACUUGUAUAUAUGUGUAGUUAUAUAUAUAUAUAUACGUACAUAGCGUUUUAAUAAGAUAUGACGUCCGUUCGAAAUAUAUUCAAGUCAUACGAUCGUUCCCAAGAAGAAAGAGAGAGAGAGAGAGAGAGAGAGAGAGAGAGAGAGAGAGAGAGAGAGGGAGAGAAAGAGAGAGAGAGAGGGAGAGAGAAAUAGAGAGAUAAUUAUUGGCAAUAAUCUAGUAUUCAUGAAUAACGAUGAACGAUCUUUGUUAUUAAGAGAUGACAGAAAUUUCACGAGAUAGUACAUAAUGUCACAUAAAAGGAAUUAUUAUUGCUGCUUUCAUAUUAGAUCUAUUAAUAUUAUUAUUAAAUAGAAAUGAAUUUAGAUAUAUGAUAUUCUCACAAUCAUACGUUUCUCUUCUAUUUUUCUUCUUCUUCUUCCUUUUUUUUUUCAUUUUUUUUUUUUUCUUUUUUCUUCUUCUUCUUCUCCUUUAUUUCUCCUUCUCUUUUUCAAUAUUACUAAGCAAUAUCUUUUAAAUAU